AUGUUCGGUAUCUGGCCAAAUGAUGACGCUCAUUUCGAGGAAGAAAAACAGGCAUUGAAAGACUACUUGCCAAAUAUCUCUGUUGAUACCGUCAAGGUUUUCACAGUUGGAUCCGAAGCUUUGUAUAGAGAGGAUAUGACUGCCGACGAAUUGGCCGACAAGAUCAGCGAUAUCAAGGACACCUUGAAGGACAUUAAGGAUAAGAACGGUAAGUCUUACUCUUCAGUUCAAGUUGGUACUGUUGACUCGUGGAACAUUUUGGUCGACGGUGGUUCCAAGCCAGCUAUUGAUGCUUCCGACUUUGUUUUCGCAAACGCUUUCUCGUACUGGCAAGGACAAACCAGUAAGAAUGCCUCUUACUCGUUCUUCGAUGACAUCAUGCAAGCCUUGCAAACCAUCCAGACUGCCAAGGGUACCGACAUUGAUUUCUGGGUUGGUGAAACCGGAUGGCCAACUGAUGGUACCAACUUCGAAUCUGCUGAUCCAACUCUUGAAAACGCUAAGAACUACUGGCAAAAUGCUAUCUGUGCUAUGAGAGGAUGGGGUGUUAACGUUGCUGUCUUCGAAGCUUUUGAUGAAGAAUGGAAGCCAAACACUUCUGGUACUUCUGACGUUGAAAAGCACUGGGGUGUCUUUGAUGACAACAACAAGCCAAAGUUUGACUUGAGUUGUGACUUCUAA